GGCGUUUUGAAGUGUGCGUUUUCUGCACGGUCAAACAUAAAUAAUGAGUUUUACACAGUUAAUUUUACACAAAUACCUUAAAAAUUGCCGUGAUUAUUGUAAAGUAUCAUGAUCAUAGUGUGUUAAUCGCAUUUAUACGCGGGUGUGCGUUAAAAUGGACAAGAAAAAUGCGAUACGCCGAGCCAAAAGGCCUUCUAAAGUGCUUGAAGAAAACUAUUGGGAUUGCAGCGUUUGUACUUACAGGAAUAACGCCGAAGCGUUUAAAUGCUCAAUGUGUGAUGUCAGGAAAGGAACGUCUACGCGCAAACCGCGCAUCAACCCUGCGUUGGUCGCAGCCCAGGCGGCUGGCACUGCGCCCACGAGCUCUCAGAAAAGACCGCGGUCUGCAAAUUCUCUCAAGAAGAAGCGGAGACACCCACCGAGACUUAGCAAUGUUGACAGAAGUUCGGCUCAAACUAGAGAGGUAACCGUGAGCGGUGUGACGGUAGUUAUAACAGAGUAUAAGCCCAAGAAGUCAGUGUCCAGUUCCUCCAGCGACAUGGAGUCUUCAAAUGACGCGCGUCCAUGAUCUCCAGCCGCCCCGAACCUUAAUCCGAGGGUUCUGAUUGAAGCUAUAGCGGAAAUUAAUAAUAAUAACCAGAUAUAAGCAGUUAAUUUUGUGACGAGUUGGGAGAAUUUUUGAUUUUAAACUACAGACUUUGGUCAGUUGAACUUGUGGUGAAAUAACCAUCUAUGUUUUUUAAUUGGUUGAUAUGUUUGUUGUUCUUUUGAAAUUGGAUUUACGAACGUUUGAUGAUUUGAUAUUAAACCAUUUAAGGAGCAUUGCCAUUAAGAAAAGUUGAUUUAGUUUUACAUAUUUUAGGAUAAAUAAUGAUAAUUAUUAAAAAAAAAAGACAUUGGUCCCAGCUUUUUAUGUAUCUAUCAAAUUUCGUAAUAGUAUAAUAUAUCUUAUAUUUGUAUGAAAUGGUAAGUAAAUUUCAUAACAAUGUCUACUGCAAUGCUUAGCUUCAAUCAGAAAUAUCGGAGACGAUACAAUUGCUGGUAAAAACGUUAUUUUUAUAUAUAAUUAAUGAUUAAUGAUUAUUUAAUGAAACCUCAAAUUUGUUAACGAUGCAUCAUCACCUGCAGAUUUAUUAUUUAUUUAGAUUAAUUAUACUUUCCUGGAAUCAACAAAAUUUAAUUUAUAUUUAAUAAAAAAUUCAAUUCAAUAAUUUACGACCAACGUUUUGUUGGCUAAAUUUAUCCAUUAAGAUUUUUAUUCCUCGAUUUUUAUUUACAUGUAACGUUUAUAACAGUAAUAGUUCGUCUAUUUUUAGUGAGUAGGUAUUUAUGUAUUUUUUACAUUGGUGGGGGAUAUAGAAAUGGCUGUCUCCAUAUUUAAAAUUUGUUUGGUUCCAUUCCAGAGUCCGUUUUAGAGACAAUUUAAAAAAAAAAGUGGAAAUGUAAUAUUGGUUGGUUAAAAAUUUCUUGUAAAAUAUUUCAAUAUGGCCAGUGUAUCUAUUUUUUUACCCACCACAGUAAAAUAAAUAAUUUUCUAGGAAAUGUAACGAUUAGUGUAGCACUAAUUUAUAAAAUAAGCUUUAAGAUUACUAUAAGGUUUUUACAUAAUUUAUUAUCUGUUUUAUCGCUGUACGAGGGCCGGCCAAAUUAAAAACAUUAAGACUUCAUACAGAAUAGCGGUUGUUAAAAUCUAUGUAAAAAUCUUUGACAACAUAAAUGUUCUUAAUUUGUACGGUCUUUAUACUAUAGGAUAUAAUUAAAACCUGGUUUUCUUCCUUAUUAUUGUAGUAACUUAUUUAAAAAUUUAAGGUGUAUUUAUAUACAUUUUCAUGAAUUGGUAAAGAUUGAAAUGUAAAUAGAUGAAAGGCCAGCGGUCACUGCCAAAACGAUUGUAUUGUAUAUAACGAAGGAGAUUGGCGGUACAGAAUAAGGAUUAUAGAGAAUUAAAAUAAUUUAAUAUUGCAAAAGAUUUUAAGGAUAAUUUAAAAUCUAUUUAUUUAAUCAACUGUAUUUUUUUAAUCCGCAGUUUUUCUUUUAAUAAACCUUUUUAUUAUAUUACUUUCUGCACCAUUUAUUUUGAUUAAAAACAACAUGUAUUGAAAUAGUAAAAUGCAAAACUUGUUUCUCACUAGCGUUACAGUUUGCACAAACCAAAUUUUUGUAUACCUAAUAUAUUUAUUUUUUGGUUUAUUGUUCUUUGUAUUUAUUAAUAUACAUAUGGAAUGUAUAGAGGAAGAAUAUAAAGCAUGAAUUUUGAAAGAGUUAAUUAAAUUGAUUGCAAGGCAGAGACUAAUUUUAAUCCUGGAUAGUAAAGACUGAUGAGUCAUAUUAAAAUUUGUACAGUAUUUUGAAGUCUCGCAUAAUGUUCUUCAUCACAAACAUUUUAUCAUUUGUUUUUUAUUUAUUCAUAUUUUAACUAAAAAUAAAAUAAUGUAUCUAAUUUCUUUUUUAUUCCU